AUGUCUCAUGUGACCGCGCUGUGGCUGCUGCCUGUGGUGUGGCGCAUUAUCAGCACCGCCAGUGCUACAUCCUCAGUGUCCCGGAAGUGUGAGGACAGUUUGGCCACUCCUCUUCCGUACAGCUCCCUCAGCAGUUCAUCUGUAUAUGCCAGAGGAUAUGGAGCUGGUUAUGCCAAACUCAAUCGAAAACAAGGUGCUGGAGGCUGGUCACCUCUGGAUACAGACCAUUACCAGUGGUUACAAGUGGACCUGGGUUCUAGGAAGCAGGUGGUUGCCAUAGCGACUCAGGGUCGCUACAGUAGCUCUGAUUGGACCAGCAAGUAUCGGCUGCUUUACAGUGACACUCAGAAAAACUGGAGGCCUUAUUUACAGGAUGGUAACAUCUGGAUAUUUGAGGGAAAUAUGAACAGUGAGGGCGUGGUUCACCAUGAUCUGCAGCACACCAUUUUGGCUCGCCACAUUCGCUUCAUCCCAGUGGACUGGAGCAAAGAGGGACGCAUUGGCGUACGUCUGGAGCUCUACGGCUGCUCAUACUGGUCAGAUGUGAUCAGUUUUGAUGGCCAUGGUGUCAUCCCAUACCGCUUCAGGAAUAAAAAAAUGAAGAUUGUGAAGGAUGUCAUCUCACUGAAGUUUCGAACCACAGCUAGAGAUGGGGUCUUGCUCCAUGGAGAAGGACAGCAGGGAGACUACAUUUCCCUCGAGCUCCGCAGGGCUCGACUACAGCUUAGCAUCAAUUUAGGCAGUAACCAGUACGGUUCCAUCCAGGGUCACACCUCUGUGAUCAGUGGGAGCUUACUGGAUGAUGACCACUGGCAUUCAGUUGUUGUAGAGCGUUAUCGGAGGAAUGUCAACUUCACUCUGGACCAUCACACUCAGCAGUUCAGGACCAAUGGAGACUUUGACCACCUUGACCUGGACUAUGAGAUCAGCUUUGGAGGGGUGGCUGUGUCAGCAAAGCCAAGCUCAGGAGGCAGACAUAACUUUGUGGGCUGCAUGGAGGGAAUCACCUACAAUGGAGACAACAUCACAAACCUUGUUCGCAGGAAGAAGGUGGACACGUCCAGCUUCCGUAACCUGACUUUUUCCUGCACCGAGUCCAAUUCCUUCCCUGUCUUCUUCAACUCAUCCUCAUUCCUGCGGCUGCCAGGUCAGAGUGACAGUGACACUCUGUCAGUAAGUCUGUCUUUCAGGACAUGGAACCCCAAUGGGCUGCUAAUGUUUACGACACUCGCUGACGGCUGGGUGGAGGUGGGGCUGACGGAGGGCAAGGUCUCUGUCUACAUGAAUGUGACACAGAGGAAGAACACACGCAUUGACAUCUCAUCAGGCUCAGGUCUGAAUGAUGGCCAGUGGCACAGUGUCCAUCUGAAUGCCCUGGAGAACUAUGCAAUGCUGACCGUGGAUGGAGAUGAAGCAUCUACAGUCAGAACAGCCAUCCCCAUACAAAUCCAGACUGCAGGAACCUACUACUUUGGAGGCUACUUCAUGCACACUAACACCAGAUCAGCACAGCGCUCCUUCCAGGGCUGUAUGCAGAUGAUCCACAUAGAUGACCAUCUAGCUGACCUCAGGGCUAUGGAGCAGGGCCACAUGGGAACUUUUGAAAAUGUUAGCCUGGAUAUGUGUGCCAUCAUUGACAGGUGUGUUCCCAGCCACUGUGAGCAUGGCGGUCGCUGUUCUCAGACGUGGGACACAUUCAGCUGCAAUUGUAGUGGCACUGGCUACACUGGAGCUACCUGCCAUACCUCGAUGUAUCAGCAGUCCUGCGAAGAGUAUAGGCACCUGGGGAAGAGCUCAGGGAGCUACUGGAUCGACCCAGACAGCAGUGGCUCUAUUGCCCCCUUCAAAGUCAGCUGUGACAUGACAGAGGAAAAGGUCUGGACCACAGUAAAGAACAAUCUGUCUCCUCAGACUUCAGUCACCAAUCCAGACCAGGAAGGGAAAGCAGUGUUGCAAAUCACUUACAAUGUGACCGAUGAACAGGUGUUGUCAGUCACUGGCAAUGCAAAGUACUGUGAACAGUAUGUAGCGUACGCCUGCCGGAUGUCCCGUCUGCUCAACACUCCAGAUGGCACCCCGUUCACCUGGUGGGUAGGAAGAGCCAAUGAGAGGCAUUCCUACUGGGGGGGUUCUGGACCAGGGAUACAGAAGUGUUCCUGUGGUAUCGAACACAAUUGUACUGACCCCAAAUACUAUUGCAACUGUGACGCUGACCUGCGCUCCUGGAGGGAGGAUGCAGGCCUGUUGGUGUAUAAAGAUCAUUUGCCAGUCAGUCAGGUUGUGGUUGGUGAUAGGAGCAGAGCUGGAUCUGAGGCCAAACUGACAAUCGGGCCACUCAAAUGCCAUGGGGACCGAAACUACUGGAAUGCUGCAUCCUUCACCAGCCCUGCCUCCUUUCUUCAUUUCCCGUCCUUCAGAGGGGAAACCAGCACUGAUAUUUCCUUCUACUUUAAGACUUCCUCCACUCAUGGAGUCUUUCUAGAGAACCUUGGAACCACCAACUUCUUGCACAUUGAACUAAAAGGAGCCUCGGUGGUCUUCUUCUCUUUUGACUUGGGCAGUGAGCGGGUGGAGCUCAGUGUGCGCUCACCUGUUCCUCUCAACGAUGAUCAAUGGCAUCGUGUUGAGGCUGAGAAGAAUAUCAAGGAGGCAGCACUGCAACUUAAUGGACAGUACAGAGAGGUCAGACCUACCCCCUCACAGGGACACAAAAAGCUGGAGUUCUACAGCGAACUAUAUGUUGGUGCCUCAAGUGGUCAGAGGGGUUUCUUGGGCUGCAUGCGGGCUCUUAAGAUAAAUGGCGUGACUAUUGACCUGGAAGGGAGAGCAAAAGUGACUCCAGGAGUGAGUCAAGGCUGCCAGGGCCACUGCAACAGCUAUGGGAUGCACUGCAGGAACGGAGGGAAGUGUUUGGAGCAGUACAACAGUUACUCCUGUGACUGCUCACUCACUGCUUACGAUGGACCCUUCUGCACAGACGAUAUUGGUGGCUACUUUGAAACAGGGACUUUGGUGCGUUAUGACUUCUUGCCAGAGGUGGGACAAUUUGCAUUGAGAGAAGGGAAAACCCUAUCUGGUGUUAGUGUCCCUAGUGAGGCCAACCUGACACAGGAGGAGCUGGUGUUCAGCUUCAGUACCUCCAGCACUCCCAGCAUCCUGGUCUACAUCAGUUCCAGGACUCAAGACUAUCUGGCUGUGGUGCUAAGGCACAAUGGCACUCUCCAGAUCCGCUACAGUCUUGGGGGGCUAACAGAACCUCACACCAUUGACGUUGACCAUCGUAACAUGGCCAAUGGACAGCCACACUCUGUCAACAUAACCAGGAACUUAAGAGAAAUACGAGUCCAGCUGGACCACUACCCAGUUUACACAUACACUCUGCCUGAGGCCUCAGACACCCAGUUCAACUUGAUAAAAAGUAUCUUUCUCGGAAAGGUCUUUGAAACUGGACAGAUUGACCCCAUCCUAAUCGAGCGCUACAACACGCCAGGCUUUGUGGGCUGUCUGUCAAGAGUUCAGUUUAACAGUGUGGCACCUCUGAAAGCUGCGCUACGCUUGGGCCUGGCAGCACCUGUCACGACCCAUGGGAUUUUGGUCCCAUCCAAUUGUGGAGCCUCACCCUUGACCAUCUACCCCAUGGCCUCAGCCAGUGACCCCUGGCACAUAGAAGCAGCUGGAGCUGUUUCCCCUUUCAAUGAGGACAAAGCCAGUGGUGAUGGAGUGGAUCGCAACUUUGUCAUAAUUGGAGGCAUCAUCUCCAUGGUGAUCUUCAUUGUCCUUUGCAUCAUGGUGUUCAUGAUCCGUCAUCUGUUCCGCCAUAAAGGCUCCUACCACACUAAUGAGGCCAAGGGAGCAGAGUCAGCAGACUGUGCUGAUGCUGCGAUCAUCGUCAAUGACCCGGCCUUUACUGAAACCAUCGAUGAGAGCAAGAAGGAGUGGUUCAUCUGAACCCCUCCCAACAACAUGGACACAUGACAUUAGGAUGUAUGUAGUUUUCUAAGCAUAGGCAGUUGUAGUGAGGUGACCACCUGUGGAACCUUGAGGAUGUGCCGAAUGGUUUAUUCAAAACUUUAUGGACAAUGGUAUUAUAAAAUGGGUAUGAAAGCACAG